UACUUUUACGUUGGAUGACGAAGAAGACAGUUGUGUUUUUUUAUAACAAUUUUCAACGGAUUACAAAAAUGACUAGCUGCGUGCAGCAGCAAAAGGAUGAUGAGCAGUUGCUGGAGCAACUAAACGCCAGCGACGAUGAAAUGGAUGACUCAGGUGACAUCGCUGAGGAGGAGGAAAAAGAUAAACAAUUACUUACUGAGCCAACAUUCAGUUUUUCGAACAGCCAUGCGUGCUGGGUCUGCAACGGCUAUUACGGACCCAAUUUCGGUGAGCCGCUCUGCGGUGCCUGUCAUGCUUUUCUAUACAAUGCACAACGGGCUGAGGAGCUGCUAACCGAAUUGUCAGACGACGAAGACUCCGGCAAUGACGAGCCGCCUUUCAAGGACAAACAAGAGGACGAUGAAACUGAAAACGAUGCGGAUAUAAUGGGCUUCGAAGAUCUAGAAGAUGCGGCACCAGCUGCACCACAGCAGCAACAACAACCACAACAACAACAACAGCAUCCGCAACAAUUACAUCAACCGGCAAACAUUGAAGCUGAGCAUAUAGAAGAAGCACAGCCUGCGCAGCCACAGGCAGAGCCGCAAGUGGAACCACAAGCAUUGCCUGCGAGACGAGGCACACCGGAGCGUGAUUACGAGCAUGAACGUGCAGUAAAUCCAUUUUUAUUGCCGAUCAAACGGCCGCGCCCCGCCGCCCCACACGCUCUGCCCCAUUACAUGCUCGAACUGACCGACGGACGUGCUCGGGCGCAUGAAUACAAUGCAAACAACAGUGGAAACAGCAGCAGCAGCGGGAGCAGUGGCAGCAAGUGCAUCACAAAUCGCAUACCCGUCGAGGUGAUGUUGAAAAUAUUUGCAUACUUGGAUGACAUAUCGCUGUGGAUGGCCAGCGAAGUGUGUAAGCAGUGGAACGAGAUUAUUGUCAAGAAUACGGCUCAGACCAUGUGGAAGACCUACAUUAAGCAGCGCUGGCCGCUGUUCGAGUGCCUCGCCGAGCAACCGGACUGGUAUAAGUUGUAUGGAGCAUUGAUGUCGUCUUGCUUCUGUCGCACCUGCCUCAUCGAUCUGGGCAGCCAGUCGCCACCAGCUGGCGAACUGGGUAAUAUGAUACGCAAUAACUUUCUGCGCGGCGAAGCGAAUCUGUUGAAUAGCUACGAAGCGGAGGGCAUAUCGGCCAUACCAUUGGAUCGACAAAAUAACUAUUGGCAAGCAACGAUACUCGGUCCGCCGGGCAGCCCAUACGAGGGCGGCAAAUUCUUUCUCUUCAUAUACUUCCCGGAACGUUAUCCCAUGACACCGCCAACGGUGCGUUUUCUAACCAAAAUUCUUCAUCCGAAUGUGUCCAGGCAUGGCGAUGUCGGUAUCGAUAUAUUCCAGCAGCAAAACUGGUCACUGGCUCUAAAUGCAGCCAAGGUUUUGCUGUCGGUACAAAGUUUGCUCACAGAUCCCUACACUGACGUUUGCAUGGAGCCGGAGCUUGGCUAUAUCUACGAGCAUGAACGUUCCCGUUUCGAGCAGUUGGUACGUGCCUGGACAUGGAAAUAUGCCAUGCUGGAGCUAAUGGCACCGCAUUGAAAACAAUUUCAUAGCCUUGUUUUAGAAAGUGGACUGAAUGUUGGAAACAUCUCUUUUAAGUUGUUAUUUUUUAAAGUAUAUGUAUUACCCUAUAUGUAUUUAGUUUAAUGCAGCCAUUUAUAUUGGCCUCUCAACAAAACAUAAUGUUUAGUCAAAAUUAUGCUUAAUAUAUAUAUAUAACACUCGGAAA